GUUCAAUUUAUGUUAAUAUUUUUUUUGUUGCAUUUUAGCUAACCCUAACACACUUCUCUUAACCUGCUACGUUAAUUCACCUAACCUGCUAGUAGCAGGCUGCUACUCAAAGUAUAUUUUCACAUAAACUGUAUAACUUCUAGACAAAACCCUCGCUGCUGACUGUGAACCUUGUUAUCCCGACCAUCGUGAACAUGCGCAGAAAAAGCGCAAAUCUGACGUUUGAGGAAGUUAGCUGCUAGCAACAAGCUAACUUCAAAACAACAUGUUGUGGAGCACACAGCAGGCAUUGAAAUGGUUCCAUCAAAUCUUGGGGAAGAAAUGUCUACUGAAGUAACGUUGCCACCUGAGUGGGAGGACGAUGAACGGAUGAAUUUCCUAUUCUCUGACUUCAAAGAAAACCGAGAUGUCAACACAAAAGAUUGGGACAGUAAAAUUGAUUUCUGGACAUCACUCAUUCUUAAAAUCUGCCGAAGUCGCGGAACCGUCUGUUUUAAUUUGCAAGAGCUGAACAAGAUUUUUCAGAGAAAGGGAUUUGUACCUUUGGGUUUGGGUACUGUGAUUCAGUGCAUGGCUAGGUGCGGCAAGAUACAAAGGGAGUCAGAGUUUGCAGCAAAUGUGGACUGUGGGUGGGUGUCUUGGGGUUUUGGCCUGUUGCUGGUGAAGCCUUUAAAAUGGACCUUUUCAACUCUUCUGGGUAGCAGUGGGGUUACUUUGGAGGAGUCGUUUGUGGUCAUUGAACUGGUAAAGGAAAAGGCAGCAGAAUUGCUUGGUGUCUACUGGAGUUCCCCAGUGGCCAACUGCUCUCUCCUGUCCUUCCAGGAGCUCCAGACACUGUCGUCCCAUGUCUGUAUUGAUGAGAGUACCCUGUGUAUGGCUCUGCUACAGCUGCAGAGGGAGAAGCAGGUGACAGUAUCACUGCAUGAAGGCGAGAAGAUUGUUAAGUUUUCUCAGCCAGGACAGGACCGUGUGUCUUUAGUCAGUGAUGUGGACCUAGGCAUCUACCAGCUACAGCGCAGUGAGAGACUGCUUGAAGUGCGGGUGGAGGCAUUGGGUCUAGAGGCAGAGAAUUCUGCUUGUGCUCUAUUGUCUUUUUGUAGGUGCAAAGAAGAAGCUAGGGUGUUGCUACGCGAAGGGAAGAAAUCUCAGGCCCUGAGGUAUUUGAGAAGCCGAAAGAGAGUCGAGAGGAAAGCAGACCGCUUAAAUGCCCAGCUGGAGAAUGUGAAGGGAAUCUUGGACAGGAUAGCAAACUCGGAGACAGACAAACUGGUGAUACAGGCAUAUCAGGCUGGAGUGUCAGCCCUGCGACUCUCUCUGAAGGAUGGGACUGUAGAAGGAGCUGAGAGCCUUGUGGAUCAAAUCCAAGAGUUGUGUGACACUCAGGAUGAAGUGAACCAAACUCUGGCUGGUGGAGCGCUCAAUUCAACGGAUGCCGACACAGACGAGCUGGAGGAUGAGCUGAGAUCUUUAUUGGAGAACUCUACUCUGGAUAGGCCUUCCACACUUCCUGAAGUACCGUCACACCCUCUUUCACCUGUCAGGGAAUCUGGUUCCCUUUGUGAUGAUCUGCUGUGUGCUUUGCCCUUAGUCCCUCAAAGCCAAUUCAAUAUCACAGAUGAGGAACUGGACAAAGAGCUGAGCCGUCUAACCCUUGCAGAUACAUGUCUUCAACAAAAAGAUCGUACCUCGCCAGUGAAGAGGGCUGAGUCUGCACAGUGACAACACUAAUAAAAGAAGUCAACUGCAAUAUUACCAUGACCUUCAGUGUUUGACCACAGUGAUCAAAAAUAGUGUGAUCUGUCUUUUGUAACAUGCUUAUCGAUGUCUCUGAUCACUGCGAUACACUUUUAAAAUGUACUUAUGUGGCCUUUUCGAAGUUAAUUUAUCAUUCACUCUAAUAAAGAUAUCGGUAACAAUCAUGAUGCCAAAUUAUAAAGCCACUAUUUCAGAUUGACUAAUGAGGUUGGGUUGUAUGAUAACUAUGCCAAAUACAGUGCAUUCGGGUUAGUAUUCAGACCCAUUGAUGUUUUCCACAUUUUGUUACAUCACAGCCUUAUUCUAAAAUGUAUUAAAUGAUUUUCCCCCUCAUCAAUCUACACACAGUACCCCAUAAGGACAAAGUGAAAAUAAGUUUGUGGAAAUGUUUGCAAAUGUAUUAAAAACAGAAAUACCUUAUUUA